CCUUCCUCCCCGCCGCCUCCCUCGCCGACUAGUCCCCUGUCUCAAAUCAAACUCCCACCGCCCCGUCCCACGCAGACCGACGCACCAUCCCUCGCGGCCUCGCCUCGCCUCUCUCGCUGCCUCUUCUCUCCCAUCCGAGCCCCCGAGCUCCCGCGGCGGCGCGCGAUCCCCACCGCCGGCUCGUCCACCGAUCCUCUGCGAGUCAUCGACCUCGCCCCGGCGCGGCCACCGGCGGGUCCAGGCAUUCACAAAAAAAAACAUGGGGCAUGAUGAAGCUGUAGUUACUCAGAGUUCAGUAAAAGCUCCAUCACCACCCAAGGAUCAACCAGCUAUUUAUCCAUGCCUUGAUUGGUCGACUAUGCAGGCAUAUUAUGGCCCAGGCGUCUUGCCACCAACAUUCUUUAACCCUGGAAUAGCAUCUGGUCAUGUCCCCCCACCUUUUAUGUGGGGCCCGCAGAAUAUGCCACCAGCUGCAUUUGGAAAACCAUACGCUGCAAUAUAUCCACAUGGUGGUGGUUUCCUGCAUCCCUUCAUUCCCCUAAUGGUAAACCCAUUGAGCGCAGAGCCAGCAAAGUCAGUAAACAGCAAGGACAACAGUUUGAGUAAGAAACUGAAGGAAAUUGAUGGAACUGCUGUGUCGACUGGCAGUGGUAACAGUGAGAAAACGAGUGGGGAUUACAGCCUAGAAGGAUCCAGUGAUGGAAACAACCAAAAGGUGAGCGGAACGCCCAAGAAAAGGAGCUUGGACAAUAGGACUACAUCAGGUGUAGAAACAUGUCGAGCUUCAGCGCCUAAUGAGAAACCAGGAGAACCAGGAAGAUUAGCAACUUUGUCCAACAUGCGCAUUACAGAUACAGCAAUCAAACCGUGUGUGAGCACUGGUAGUGAUUUCAGAGUUAGUGUUGCGCCAUCAACGGAGUGGCAAGCUAAGGACGACAAGGAAUCAAAGCGUGAAAGGAGGAAGCAGUCAAAUAGGGAGUCUGCCCGACGUUCAAGGCUGAGGAAGCAGGCUGAGACUGAAGAACUGGCUAGAAAAGUAGAGCAACUGACAGCAGAGAAUACAUCCCUCCGGAGCGAGAUUAACAAGCUAACGGAGAGCUCCCAGAAGCUCAGAAUGGAGAAUUCCGCUCUGAUGGAGAAGCUCGCGGAUAGCGCAUCAGAUGAAGAAGCCCAGGAAGCGGCCGCAGACCCCCAGGCGGCCGCAGCGCCGCCGCCGGCCCGCGUGGUCAAGAACUUCCUCUCGAUGAUGGACGGCGCGGGCGCGUCGAGAGGCGGCGGCGGCGGCAGCAGCAGCCGGCGCGUGGAGCCCGGCGCGCCCAGGCUCCGCCAGCUGCUGGGCUCCGGCCCUCUGGCGGCCGACGCCGUGGCCGCGAGCUGAAGCUGAUCUGUGAUCUCUUACCUCCUGCUGAGCGCGCGCGCGCAUGUGGCCUGGCGAUUUUUUUUGUUUUUGAAGAGCGCCCGAGCUGGCCCCGCGAAACUAACGCCACACGUACGAUAACCAACCUGUAAAUUUACGGUAGCUAGCUGCGUCCCAGACGGGUCCCCUCUUCCGGUUGAUGCGGAUGCCGCCUGGCUGUAUGUUUUUUUCCUCCUUUUGCUCCGAGCUUUUGACAUGUUUAGCUGCUGCGUUGACCCCCCUCGCAAAAAAAAAAAAAAAGAAGCUGCUGCGUUGAUCCGAACUGAAUCAACUGGUAUCAUGUACCGUAGAUACUAAUAAUAACCAUCAGGACGUUUACCA